UGUCCUCGUCUUGCCAUUUCGCAGCCCGUGCGAUCUCCAAAGGAGAGCGACAGAGUGAACAGAGAAGUCGAGACAGUAAUACGGAGCGAUGUGGCGCUGCGUUUCUCGUGGCCUCGGUCUUUCUCCUUCUUCUUCCUCUUCGAAGAGAUCUAUCUCAAGCGAACCUCUUAAACGCCUCACCACAAGAUUCCUCUCCACUGAAUCAACUGGGGGACGAUCCUCUUAUACUAUCGUCGAUCACACAUAUGAUGCUGUUGUUGUGGGAGCUGGUGGUGCUGGGCUCAGAGCGGCCAUUGGACUCUCGGAGCAUGGAUUCAAUACAGCUUGUAUUACCAAGCUUUUUCCGACUCGUUCACAUACUGUUGCAGCACAGGGUGGAAUAAAUGCUGCAUUAGGAAAUAUGACAGAAGAUGAUUGGAGGUGGCACAUGUAUGACACAGUCAAAGGAAGUGAUUGGUUAGGUGAUCAGGAUGCUAUUCAGUAUAUGUGCAGGGAGGCACCAAAAGCGGUCAUAGAGCUUGAAAAUUAUGGAUUGCCAUUUUCUCGAACUGAAGAUGGGAAAAUUUAUCAGCGUGCAUUUGGUGGUCAAAGCCUGGACUUUGGAAAAGGUGGACAGGCCUAUCGUUGUGCAUGUGCUGCUGAUAGAACGGGCCAUGCUUUGCUGCACACUUUAUAUGGUCAGGCUAUGAAACAUAAUACACAGUUCUUUGUGGAGUACUUUGCAUUGGAUCUUAUCAUGGACAGUAGUGGUACCUGCCAAGGAGUAAUUGCACUAAAUAUGGAGGACGGGACAUUACAUCGGUUCCGUGCUGCUUCAACAAUUUUAACAACAGGGGGUUAUGGUAGAACUUAUUUUUCUGCAACCUCAGCUCAUACAUGUACUGGUGAUGGCAAUGCUAUGGUUGCACGUGCUGGGUUACCCCUUCAGGAUCUUGAGUUUGUGCAGUUUCAUCCAACGGGUAUAUAUGGUGCAGGAUGCCUCAUUACUGAAGGAUCUCGUGGUGAAGGUGGUAUUCUUAGGAAUAGUGAAGGUGAAAGAUUUAUGGAGCGGUAUGCACCUACAGCCAAGGAUCUUGCAUCAAGGGAUGUUGUGUCAAGAUCUAUGACCAUGGAAAUACGAGAAGGUCGUGGUGUAGGACCACUGAAGGACCACAUUUAUCUUCACUUAAAUCACUUACCACCAGAUGUACUCAAGGAGAGGCUUCCUGGAAUCUCUGAGACUGCUGCCAUUUUUGCGGGGGUUGAUGUCACAAAGGAGCCCAUCCCUGUUUUACCUACUGUUCACUAUAAUAUGGGGGGAAUUCCCACAAAUCACCAUGGAGAGGUGGUUCACAUAAAAGGUAAUGAUCCAGAUGCUGUUGUUCCUGGGCUAAUGGCUGCUGGUGAGGCAGCAUGUGCAUCAGUUCAUGGUGCCAAUCGGCUUGGUGCAAAUUCGUUACUUGAUAUUGUUGUUUUUGGUCGAGCUUGUGCAAAUAGAGUGGCAGAGAUCCUAAAACCAGGGGAGAAACAAAAACCUUUGGAAAGUGAUGCUGGAGAGAAAACCAUUGCAUGGCUGGAUAAACUGAGGCACUCAAAUGGUUCAUUGCCAACAUCAAAAAUCCGUCUGAAUAUGCAGCGAGUGAUGCAAAACAAUGCUGCCGUUUUCCGCACACAGGAGACAUUAGAAGAAGGUUGUCGGUUGAUUGACAAAGCAUGGGAAAGCUUUCAUGAUGUUAAGUUAAAGGACCGAAGCCUCAUAUGGAACUCGGACUUGAUAGAAACUAUAGAAUUGGAAAACCUAUUGAUAAAUGCAUCUAUAACCAUGCAUUCUGCUGAGGCAAGGAAGGAGAGUAGGGGAGCACAUGCCCGUGAAGAUUUUACGAAAAGGGACGAUGAGAACUGGCUGAAACAUACACUGGGAUACUGGGUGAACGAGAAGGUCCGUCUAGAUUACAGACCGGUCCACAUGAAAACAUUAGAUGACGAGGUUGAGUCAUUCCCACCCAAAGCGCGUGUAUAUUGAUACCUUUUUCCAUAAAGAAGAGAUGGAACAACUUGUUGGAUGUCCUCAUUACAAGGUUCCAAUAAAUUAUUGACAGCUAGGCAUUUUGGGAAUGAUUGUAGCUUACAUCAGAGUUGAGCAGUUGAUAUGAUGUGUAUCAUUGGAACUCCUUUCAAUCUCGCAUAAUAAUCAGGAAAUUUCCUUUUAAUCUCUCAAUAACCGGGCUUUACGUAAUUCAUGAAUAACCUUCUGUGAGAAUGUAUUCUUUUCUUGAAUACAUCAUUCAUUCAUGUAUGCUAAACAUGAAGAACGAGCUAGCUUCUAGUACAUGAGAACAAAAUUUAGAAACAUUUUAAAAUUGCGAAGCAUUAUUAUA